CUUGCCUGAGUCUGUAAGUGACCGCUGCCUCUCCUGCCUGCCUGUGUGCCCGGGCUCCAGCCCCAUGAGCAGGGCCAACGCCUCGAGCGUGUCCGAGUUCCUCCUCCUGGGCCUCUCCAGGCAGCCCCAGCAGGAGCAGCUCCUCUUCGCCCUCUUUCUCAGCAUGUACCUGGUCGCCGUGCUGGGGAACCUGCUCAUCCUGCUGGCCGUCAGCGUGGACCCCCGCCUGCACGUGCCCAUGUACUUCUUCCUCUGCAGCCUGUCCCUGGUGGACAUCUGCUUCACCUCCACCACCGUCCCCAAGAUGCUGGCCAACCACGUGCUGGGAACCCACACCAUCUCCUUCGCGGGCUGUCUCACGCAGAUGUACUUUCUCUUCAUGUUCGUGGACAUGGACAACUUCCUGCUGGCUGUCAUGGCCUAUGACCGCUUUGUGGCCGUGUGCCACCCCCUGCACUACUCGGCCAGGAUGACCCCCAGGCUCUGUGUCCUGCUGGUGGGCGGCUCGUGGACCAUUGCCAACGUGGACGUUCUCUUGCACACGCUGCUGAUGGCCCGCCUGUCAUUCUGUGCGGACAAUGCCAUCCCCCACUUCUUCUGCGAUGUGACCCCCCUGCUGCAGCUGUCCUGCUCGGACACAUACAUCAAUGAGAUGAUGAUUUUUAUCGAAGCGGGGCUGAUAACGGUGGCUCCAUUCGUCUGCGUCCUGGUGUCCUACGUCCUCAUCACCUGUGCUGUCCUGAGGGUCCCGUCUACCAAGGGCAAGUGGAAGGCCUUCUCCACCUGCGGCUGCCACCUGGCUGUGGUGUCCCUCUUCUACGGCACCAUCAUAUUCCUCUAUUUCAACCCAUCUUCCUCACACUCAGCUGACUCAGAUAUAGCAGCUGCCGUGAUGUUCACGGUGGUGACCCCCAUGCUGAACCCCUUCAUCUACAGCCUGCGGAACAAAGACAUAAAAGGGGCUCUUGGAAAGGUGAUGGCUGUGAGUCUCCUUGCUCAGUAGAGUGCGUUGAUAAGACCACUA